AUGUGUGGUCGACGAACACCGUUGUUAAAUCUCACUGUACUCGGAAUUUUCACUGAUGAAUACGAAUUUGCCGUGUUUGCGGCAGUGGGACAACGUGUCAUGCGGGCGUGGGGCGUGCUCUCAAAGCACGAGGAGGCGUUGUCACUAGGCUGUGUGCAUGAUUUACCAUCUCGUUUUCCGAUUUCGUUCCGGUGUCAUCCGAGCGUGGCACAACAAUACAGUACAAUGAAAAUGACAUAA